UUCUAAUUUUUACACAAUAAUAAAAAAGAAAGGAAUACGUAUGUUAUUUGGAGUUUAUGAGGUUACAGAUAAUAGCGGCAUGCACCUCCGAAGUCGUUUGCAGUCCAUUAAUAAUAAAAAAAGAAUUUUAAUAAAAAUGUUUAAGAAGAGUGAGGGUGCAUUUCCUUUUGUGAUUACAUGCCAGACGGUUCUGCAAACGUUUGAUUAAAAUAAAAAUAAGGACAGAUCCCACCCGUCCAUAAAUCUAAGAAGAAGCUGACGUCAUCGCAUGCGACAUUGGACCCCGGUGAGUACAAACCUGAAUCUGUCAGAAAUGGUUUUGUAUUAUAAAACAAAAGAAAAUACUACAGAAUGUGAUUGCAGUUGUAGGACUUAAUGGUAGUAGGACUGUGCCGCGAAUGGUUGAAGACAUUUGGACACGUUUGUAACAUGUAUUUUUUUAAUUUUUGUUGCCGCUAGCUACAUUAGCUAGCUACAUUAGCCUCUUGGAGCCCAGAGAGUUCAGCUGAACCUGCACUUAAUACAUUUAAUUAGCCAUGAUAGAGUCACAGAAUUGUUUGUUGUAUAAUUUGAGGGUUGCUAUAACAACCCUAGGCUGUGAUGAUCCUACAGGUUUUCUGAAUACACUGAUUGCAGCUAGGUCAUGCAUUUGAAUUAAAAACGAACUUGGGUCAUUACAGCCAAAGUUCUCUCCACCUGUCUACGUUGAAAUAAAUAACUUCCGAAAUCUGAACAUUUAUUUUGUUUUUAUGUCAACAGGUUCUUCUUUGAGAUAUUCAUCUGACAUACAUUUCUGCUCAUUCAUAGCACCCACAAAAGGCACUUUUAAGAGCCACGUUUGUCAUAUCUUUGUGUUCUUAAUUUGUCUAUUGUUCUUCACGUAAUUUGUCAACAGUUCUGUUUGUUUGUUUGUCCAUCAUAAGUCUUUGCAUUCUGUUUUGCUCUUUGUCAGUGUUUUUUAAGUAUGACACGCCCCAAAUUCAGGCCAUGCGCACAGUGUCAAACGCCCAAUCAGGCAAACAGAAAAAGUUGUGUCGCCUGCCACCAGAGUCUUUACACCAAAAAUAAAAGAAAAGUUUCAGACAUUCAAUGAUCAGUGGAGGGAAACAGUUUUAAAAAACAGAAAUGUUUCCCGCAUAAUGGAUUCUGCGGAAAUUGCAGUUCGCAAACUUCAUGCUUUAGGCUAUAAGCCUAUUUUAUUUUUUGCUAAGGAAGAUAAGUCUUCAAGCAAGUGGGUAGCAGAUGCAAUUACUCUUUUGGAGCCCACUGCUACUACAAAUAAUUUUCUUGAGAAGAUGCAAAGGGCUUAUGAAUUUCUCCUCCCUGAAGCCACGUCUGUACCAGUGCAGCCCGACACCUCCACGGAACAGCAGGUUUUUUCACCCAAAGAGCAGUGGGCUGAUGAAAAAGCUGAGAACCUGGUCUAUGAACCAACAGAGACCAUAGCUGAGGAAGAGCCUGUGAUUGUGCUUGAUCUGGUUCCUGUUUCUCCUCCUAUUGUUCCUUCUUCUCCGGCUUUCCAGAAGAAGAAAAGAGCCAGAAGCACCUCUCCACCUGCCUCUCCUCCUACUCUGCCAUCUGUCUCUCCCAUAGACCAGCCAAAUCAACAUUCAUAUGAAUCGCCUGCUGCCCAUGCCAUCUCGUUAAGUCAGGGUGGCCUAUUUGAAAAUAAGAAGAGAAAGGGUUGCCGGAAAUGUAGCAGACAAAAGGUGUUCCUGUUUGACUCAAUCACUGGGCAUAGGACUAUUGCGGGCAAAGAGGAAGUAAAAAUUCAUUGGUUGCCCUGCUCUGCUUGCGGGAAAAUCUGGGAUGACACCUGGGAACCUGCAAGUGAAUUCACACAUGUUGCUGUCCCCCAAGAGCUUCUUCCUUCAGACAGCAAACAAGUCCUUCCAUGAUGUUGCUCUUUCUUUUUUUGUGUUACAAAGUUGUAAUUUCCAUUUUUCUAUAACUGUAGUUUGACUAUAUUAAAAGGUUUUCUGUGUAAUAUUGUUUUCGGCUUAUUUUGGGCUGUUUAUUGACACGUCUUUGUCAUGUUCUGUAAAAGACUGAGUGAUGCUGGUUGAGUCACUGCAUGAACAAGUUAUUUUGCCUGUAUUGAGGCUUCAAAUUUUGAACAGGAUUGUUUGUACAUUUUGGCUUGUAAUAGUUGACCUAAUGUCUUAAAUCCUUUAAAUGGAAGUUUUCACUUAACAUUGCAUUAAAAUAAGAUUAUUUACCAUAUAAAGCAAAGUCGAUAGUUUUAAUGGAUUUUAAUUUAACUUUUAAUUCAUUUUGCAUGAAAAUAUUAUAAUUGACACUUUUGAUGCACCUUUAAUGCAAGUUUUAAUACAACUUUGAAAUUAAAUGUCAUUAUUUACCAAAUAAAGCAAAGUUGACACUUUUAAUGAGUUUUAAAUUCACUUUUAAUGCAACUUUGCAUUAAAAUAUUAUUAUAGUUGACACUUAGUGGAUUUUAAGGCAACUUUCAACACAACUUUGCAUUAAAAUGUCAUUAUUUACCGAAUGCCGUCCAUGAAAACAGCU